GUUUGCUGUACACACUGUUCGUUUCAGAGAAAAUGCAGUGUUUACAUUACAGCCUAGUGAUAACGUCACUGGCCACUCCUCAGAUGGCUGCUAGAGGUGCUUCCUGAGGCAGUGCUGCACAGUGUGACUGACAUUCAGUAUCUCCACCCUCUGCAUGCAAACACUGAACUUUCCUCAUAGAGAUGCAUUGAUUCAAAGUGAGGAGAUGCUGAUUAACCCGACCAGUGUUUGACCCUGCCCCCAUCCUGUGAUCUCAGCCAAUUAUCAAUUCUGCUGAUGUCGGCAAGAGGUGGAUAGGAGGCAGGGCUGGAAAGGUACGUUUUUAACCCUUUCUUAGGGGCAAGCCACAUUAACUGUGUUUUUAACCUAAUUCCAUCAUGAAUAUAUGUUUGUGUUUCUGACCCUAUAGUGUUCCUUUAAACAGAAAAAAGGUGGCUUGAUAAUUAGUAUUUUUGUGAAGAAAUGUAUACUGUUUUAUUACUUGUAUCUUUAACACAGUGGAGAAAUGGGUCAGUGUGCCUUCCCCUAUAUUUUCAUUGUUCUCUCUCCUGUCCAUUCUUUAGGGAUUGAAAUGAAAAAGAUUAAGGAUUUUCAUACUCCAUCGAGUAACACAAUCAAUACUACUCUCUACUAUGUGCUGUCCUGUUCUCCAGCACCCAUGGUGGAUCCACAUCUAAACAAUGAAGAGCGGGAUAAGAUGGAAGCCACGCUGAAUUAUGCAGACCAUUGUUUUACUGGACAUGCUACCAUGCACGCAGAGAACUUGUGGCCUAGCCAUUUGAGCAGCAUUGCCCAACUGGUGCAGCUCUUUGACUUAUGGAAACUGACGUUACAGAAACGAGGGUGCAAAAGCCUUGUGUUAGCUGGUGCACAUGGACUCAUGCAAGGCAUGAUGCUGAGCUUCGGAGGCCUUCAGUUCACAGAAAACCACCUGCAGUUCCAGUCCGAUCCACACGUCCUUCACAACAGCUACUCUCUACGUGGAAUCCAUUAUAACAAAGACCUUAUCAACCUAGCUGUCAAACUGGAUCAGGAUGAGAAGCCUUAUCUCCACGUGUCUGUAAAGUUCCAAGAUAAGCUGGUGAAACUCUAUGCUUGUGAAGCUGGCUGUUUACAUGAGCCUGUGGAACUGACCUCCGAAAUCCGAGGACACACCUUCCCAGUACUGGUUACCCAGCCGCUCACACCUCUGCUGUAUAUCUCCACUGACUUGACGCAUUUGCAGGAUUUGCAACACACUCUUCACUUGAAAGAAAUCUUGGCCCAUGAAGAACACAUGGCCAAACAAUAUCCAGGGCUGCCCUUUUUGUUUUGGUUUAGCGUGGCCUCUCUGAUCACACUCUUCCACUUGUUUUUGUUUAAACUAAUCUACAAUGAGUACUGCGGCCCUGGUGCCAAGCCACUUUUCAGGAGUAAGGUAUAAUAACAUGCUAUAGUUUUUGGCUUUGCACUCCCUGUAACUGAUCGGUGCCAAUGAUGAAAUAGUGCACCAACCUUGUUUGGUGUGUGCAUGUGGUGGUGGGUUUUCAGUUUCCACAGAAUAUAAGCAUUGAGAAUGAUCUGAAUCUUGCUGCGGCUUUCCAUGUUCAGGAAUAAAGUUGGCAAGAUCUGUUUUUAAGACCUUUGAUCUCAAACACUUUUUAAAGGCCACUUUUUGAUGAGCUUGAGAAGCUGUUAAUGUGAACUGCUUAGUGUUUCUCUAGCUUUACCUCUACCUAAAGGGCUGUGCCUGGUGUACAUUGAGAAACAUCGUAGACAUUUAGUUCUGCAAGCAGCUGUUACCUGUUGUCAUUCCCUGAUGUAGAUAGACUAACAAAAAUGAAAUAUUCUUUUGCUGACGCUGCAGUAAUGAUUGGAGCUCCCCUCAAUAUGACACUUCUGGGGUAAAUCGUUAUAAUUGGAGCAAUCCUUUAGAAUGUUACAUUUGAUUCUCUGGUGAUUGAUCCAUUUGUAGCAGUUUUACACCAGCUGUGCUAUUUAUGACUAGACCUGGCUGGAAGAAGAAAACAAUCUGGAAUUUUAAAAAUGCUGUAUUCUGGGGAAAAUACAGCUGGUGUUUUAAACAUAUUUGUAUUUUUUUCUUAGCUUUUCUGAAAUGUCUUUCUGUCCUUUUUUAUGACCUAAUGUGUUUGGCCCAGCUGUUGACACUUAGAUUAGCAGUAAGUAAGCCAGGUAUAUCGGCAAUUUGAUUGGCGUAGGAUCGGGGGAGUAUACACAAAUAGACUUCAAUUCAGCGAGGCAAUGAUGGCCUUCGGAUGGUUGUGAUGUCAUUCUGUCACGUUUAUUGUUAAACACUUUAAAUAACAGCUCAGUAUAUUUCCACACGGUUUUCAUUAAAAUGAAAUUGGCGGUCGUUUUUCUGAAACUGGCUUUAUUCCCUGUUGUGUAUUUUUUUUUUCUCCCUCUCCCUCCCCCCCUUUAGGGGCAGGGGGGGUUAUUACAUCUCUCGAGACCUGUUUUAAUAUAGAUUGAGACACAGUAAGCUGUUUAUUUCCAGUCAACAUACUUUAUUGCGCUUCUCAAUGAAUAAUCAAAAAGUGAUGGUAAAUAUGUAAAUUAUAACAAAUGUAUGUGACUGGGAGAUGAAUGAACUGACUAAUAGUCUUCAUCUCUGCCUCUUGUCAACACCCCUAAACUAUUCCAGCAGUGGGAUAAUGCUGUUUACGUACAGACUUACUCUGCUUUUCUGUGGAAACUUUUGGUUUUUCAAAAACACCUUUUAAUCAAUCUCUAUCUUUCCUAGAAUGUAUCAUUGGUUAUGUCAGCAUGUUACUGCGCCCAGUUAAAAAUCAAUGCGUUUCUUAGCAUGAAGCCAUGUUGAGGUAUUUUCUGUUAAAGAGUAUUGAUUUGCUUUCUCACUAGGAAGAUAACGAGCUGCCCUCAAAUAAAACAAAAUACACCUUGUGAUAGGUGAGUAAGACAAAGUGAGGCCCAGGUAAGAAUUACAGGUAAACCCCUCUGCCUUCCUCUAGCGAAACCACCAACCAGUGUGUAAAGUAGAUGUUAUUUGUACACACACUCUAGUUUUUGGUUACUCUACUCUCAGAGAGCUACAUUCUUGCACAUUGUCUGAGCUGACAUUAUUUAUGCUGUUGGUUUAAGGAACAUGCUGAACACCAUAACUAUUACAGCUUGAAUGGUUUGACUUCGACUGCUCCAUCGUCUCCACUACCACAGAGCCAGAUGUUUCUAAGCAGGAGCUGCCGCUAGCUUUAGCGAUCAGCUCACUUUCUGUCAAUGUGGCGCUCAAAGCACUAUAACGUAUUGGUUUUGUUGCCAAAAGGCUAUUAACAAUGCACUCACCUCCCCUCACUUAUUGCCUUUCUUCAGCUGCUUAGGAGGUAACACCACAUUUACAUUACAGUUUUUGCAGCAUUGUCAUCAAAUUAGGCAGAUCACAUCUCUGAUGUUUGUGUGCACCGCCCAAUUUACACAAACUUGGGCUAAUUCAUAAGCAACACGAACUGGUUUUCUCAUACCUGUUAAACCGGGUAUCAUUCCCAGUGAUGAUUUUACAUGUUCUAUAUAAAGUUCUGUGCACAAUUAGUUACGUCGGUUUAUCUCACAGAAUCUGUGCUCUUCCCUACUGUAACACUCAGAGGGAUAGAACAUUAUGUUGUUCCUGUGAAAAUGAUUUAUUUAUAACCUUUUUACUUUCUUCAGUCUGUAAUUCUUUCUUUGAUUGAUGCAAUAUUUGCUUAUUUUUUUGAUAAUUUUUUUUAUAGUAAACUGUAACAAGUGCUUUUUAUAUUUACAUCGUAUCCAACUGCUGUGCUGGAGACCUGCAUUAGGAGUAAAAACCAUUGGUCUGUUUUUAGAUCACACUCCCAAUCUGUGGCUUGCAGAGAAUCAAGUGAAUUGUAGGGGGGAAACACGCUAGAUUGACCUGAUCUACAUACACUGUAAAUGGUUUUAACUGACAAGUGGGCAAGCAGUGUGUUUUUAAAGGGCAACUUUCACUUCUAUGGAAUUUACAACAUUGAGUAAAACCAUUAAAAUUGCCUGUGACUUGUGUUAAUGUGCUAACCUUUUAUUCAUGGGGUGCUUUUUUUUUUAUGUAAAUCAUAUAUUUACCAAAUUCUACUAUAAUCCAGUUCAGACAAGGCAAACAGGGCAAGAAAUGCAAUGAGCUGGAGAACUAAAAACAAUGUUUCAUUUAAUUUUACUGACUACCAGGUUCUUUGCACCGGGUCAGCUUCUGGCAAUAAUUGACAGGGAUCCAAGGUGGAAGCACCCAGUUUCAGUAUAGAGUUUAAAUACAGCAGUGUAGAUUACAGAUGACAAUAAAUUAUAUUAUCUAUAAAUUCACAAAUUUCCCACCGCAUUGAAUCUUAAAUAACAAAGCAUUUCAUUGAUUAAACAGGAGAAUGAGUGUCGGGCUGAGAAUUGAUAUAACCUGGUCUGAGACUUCAUCGUGAAUCCACUGCAGCUGGAUGUAUAUUAUUGCACUUGUCAUGGAGAUCUGCAGCCAGAGAUGGGAUAGUUCUUAGAAGUCAUUUGAGCAGUGCUGUGAUGAAUAGUAUAUUUUAUUAAAACUCUUCCUGCCGUUUAGCUCACAAUUUAAUACUUGUUUUGGUGUUUUUUUUUGAAGAUUUAAAAAAAAAAAAAAAAAUUUAAACUUCUUUUUCCGAUUUUAAUUUAUUUUGUGAAUAGCUGUAAAUAUUAUGGCAAUAAGAUUGUCCUCUAUAAUAAUAAUUUGAUUUGGGUUAUUUCCCCGCCUGUACCUGUAAACGCCAGGAAUCUUUAUCUGGUUCAUGUUCAUUUAUUUAGCUUGGCAGUGUUUGGUUUUGAUUUUUCCUGUAUUCUGUUGGGUAAAGAGUGAUUUGGUUAAGAUUAUUUCAUUUUUAUUAAUUAAAUCUGACCAUUUUAAAUCCUGUUCAUCCUUGUUGUUUUUCUUAAUUUUCUUUAAAUACACCUGGAAUACAAACACAUUAUGGUGGCAAUUUUAUAAUGUCAGAUUUCAUGUCUG